CCGUCGGGGCCGGUCACGCACGUCGCCAGCCCGCAUGAGCGCGCCGGCGUGCUAGCGCAGCGUGCGCGGGUGUGGUAUGCCCGCGCGUCGCAGCCAUGGCCGUGCUGCUAGCGGCCGCGCUGCUGCUGGCCCUGCUGCCCGUAUCGGAGCAAGGGCCGCACGAGAAGCGUUUGCUGAACGCUCUGCUGGCGUCGUACAACACGCUGGAGCGGCCCGUGGCCAACGAGAGCGAGCCGCUCGAGGUGCGCUUCGGACUCACGCUGCAGCAGAUCAUCGAUGUGGAUGAGAAAAAUCAAAUCCUCACGACGAACGUGUGGCUCAACCUGGAAUGGAACGACUACAACCUGCGAUGGAACGACAGCGAGUUCGGGGGCGUCAAGGACCUCCGCAUCACACCCAACAAACUGUGGAAGCCAGACGUACUUAUGUACAAUAGUGCUGACGAAGGUUUUGACGGGACGUAUCAGACCAACGUGGUGGUCAGAAGCAACGGCAGUUGCCUGUACGUGCCGCCCGGAAUAUUCAAGAGCACAUGCAAGAUAGACAUCACGUGGUUCCCCUUCGACGACCAGCACUGUGACAUGAAGUUCGGUAGCUGGACCUACGACGGGAACCAGCUGGAUCUGGUGUUGAAAGACGAGAACGGGGGAGACCUGUCUGACUUCAUCACCAACGGAGAAUGGUAUCUAAUAGGGAUGCCGGGCAAGAAGAACACGAUAACGUACGCGUGCUGUCCGGAGCCGUACGUGGACGUGACGUUCACGAUCAUGAUCCGGCGCCGGACGCUCUACUACUUCUUCAACCUCAUCGUGCCGUGCGUGCUCAUAUCCUCCAUGGCCCUGCUCGGCUUCACGCUGCCCCCGGACUCGGGGGAGAAGCUCACGCUAGAUGUGACGAUAUUGUUGUCGUUGACCGUGUUUUUGAACCUCGUGGCCGAGUCCAUGCCGACCACGUCCGACGCCGUGCCUCUCAUAGGAGUCACUAUUCUUCUGUCGCUGACGGUGUUCCUCAAUUUGGUGGCAGAGACUCUGCCACAGGUCUCCGACGCCAUCCCCUUGUUAGGCACGUACUUCAACUGCAUCAUGUUCAUGGUGGCGUCGUCGGUGGUGUUGACCGUGGUGGUGCUCAACUACCACCACCGCACCGCCGACAUACACGAGAUGCCGCAGUGGAUCAAGUCGGUCUUUCUGCAAUGGCUGCCGUGGAUCCUGCGCAUGUCACGUCCGGGCAAGAAGAUCACCCGCAAGACCAUCAUGAUGUCCAACCGCAUGAGGGAGCUGGAGCUCAAGGAGAGGUCCUCCAAGUCUCUGCUGGCGAAUGUGCUGGAUAUAGACGAUGACUUCCGACACGUGCCGCCGGCGCCGAAUAGUACUGCGUCUACGGGGAACUUGGGGCCUGGCCUAACUAACGUGAGUGUCAUCGGGCCCAGGUGUUCCAUAUUCCGGUCGGACUUCAGGCGUUCCUUCGUCCGCCCCUCCACCAUGGAGGACGUCGGCGGGGGGCUCGGGGGGCUCGGGGGGGGACACCAUCGCGAGCUGCACCUCAUCCUGCGGGAGCUGCAGUUCAUCACCGCACGGAUGAAGAAGGCCGACGAGGAGGCGGAGCUUAUUAGCGACUGGAAGUUUGCUGCCAUGGUCGUUGACAGGUUCUGCCUGUUCGUGUUCACGCUGUUCACGAUCAUCGCGACGGUGGCGGUGCUGCUGUCGGCGCCGCACAUCAUCGUGCAGUGAGCGGACUGUACCGGCCGACGCGCAGUGCCAAGCGACAUGCACGGACUAUACACAAAGGGCCAUUGCCCUCACGAGAGAACUAAUCUUAGAUCACGCCCAUUCAUGUAAUUAUUAUUAAAAUGUAAAAAUACUAUUUAAAAAACUUAAUACGUGGAUGAAACGCACACGUCUGCUAACUUAUAGUCGAGAGACGGUAAAUAUAAAUUACAUAAUACGUUUAAAUUUUAAUAUAGCAUUGUUAAGUUCGACAUAUUAUAAAACGAUUGUGAUGUUGACUAGUAUGUUAUACAGAUAAACGUUGACGAGAAUAAUUUGUAAAAAUAUGAUUAAAUGUCUAAUUAAUAUGAUAAAAAGGUAAACGGUAAAGUUUUCGUUAAAUGAUUGCUUGAUAAUGAGAAGUGACGUCACGUGGUUCGGUUCAGACGUGGUCCACAGUGAGAUAAAAAUACAAGUUUAAAAUUAAGGCGUAUAAAUCGAAUAAUACGAGAUCGUUUAGUAAAUAUUAGUUAUACACUAUUGCGAUGAGCGUUAUCGCAGCUACUAUAUACGCGAUAGCUUUCUGUAUACCCAAAUAUACACUUGACAAGUAAUUUACAUUAUUGUGCGUUGUUAGACUCGGCAUUCAACAGUGUCCUUUAGACAGACUUCCAUAGAAAAUGCGGUCUACCGCGCCAUCAUACAUUUUUAUCGGCCACUACGCGAGGUCUACAAUAUGAUUACCGCUCUAUGUAUGCAAUCCUUAAUAGUGUGUGGCUAUGGGAGCAUGCAAUAAAGGACAUUUUUCAAUGACACGUCUAGCUAAACACGUUUUACACACGUUUUAAAUGAACUUAAUAAACACCGUGCUUCGGCAAAGCCGGAAUAUUAUAAUGGACAAGUAAAUCUUGUAAAUAUAGAGAAAAAAUGGAAUCAUAAGGCUUUCAAGAAUUAGAAAAUUAAGUAUACAUACAUAUUAUAUUGAUAACUUGGAGGAGGAACCUCGGAAACGUUUCUUUGUCCAUAUUAAAUAUUCUUCACUUUAGAAGGACAGUAUAUUAUAUUAAAUUAAAUAGUUUUAUUGCACGUUGAUUUUCUUUGGAAUUGACUUAUUGCGGAAUUGAAAUAACUGUAAAAUUCAAACUAUAUUAGCCCUUCACUUAAACAAAGUAAAUAAUUAUGUUCAACACUAUAGCACCUAAUACUCUGAGCUUUCUUUUAAAUAAAACAUACAGUCAACCAAACUUAUAAAAAGCUUUAUGUUCUAACCCCACCAACAACACGAUAUAGUCAUCAUUACUUAUCUAUUUAUAGAAUAUCUUAAACACAGCAUUUGUGUUCCAAAACAUAAUUCGAAAAAUUGUAUCCUAAAUUCUUAAAACCUGGUCAGACUUUACCAGUUAUACUAAAGGAAACUUUAAAAGAAUUUACGAUACAAAAAAGCACACGACGUUUCACCCUGUAGCACUUAGAACCUGUUUCACAAUAUCUGGAUAGAGGAUAUCUGUGGGAUUAAAAUCAUUCUGCCACCCUCUGAAAUUAUGUGUUGGACAGUGACAUAACGUCUUUUUAUCUCACAGAUAUUUUUUAUGCAGACAAGAUGAAACAGUCACUUACUGUAGACACUAUAUAAUAUGUAGGAGAUUAGUUAAAAUACUGAUAAUUAAUGUCUUUAUCUAUGUCCGUUCCUCAAUUUCACACUUAUAGAUGUCGUGAUAGCCUAGUGAUUGUCGUGUCUCCUAAUUAAAUUAGGUUAUAUAUAUAAUACAUAAGCAGCUCACUGACGGCUAGAAUGGGCGUCAUGACUUUCGAUGUGUUAUUUCUAUUGAACUUUUAUCUAAAUAUUUUUAUCAUCGAAUUGUUGUAUUUUAUGAGUGUUGUAAGUAUUUUUGAUUGUUACUUGAUUCCUUGUUUUAUAUAAUAUAUUCGACGUAUUCUAGAGUUUGUUUGUAUUGUAUCGCCUGGCACUGGCAUUAUAUUAAGCUUUUAGCAAGUGAUUGUUCUUUUGUUGGAGUAAGUUUGUUUGUUGAAUAUUCGGACGUUGAAUCUCGAGUAGUGAAGUUUCGUUUCAUAAACCUAAGUGGUGCUCAAUGUAAAAUAUCAAGUUUGCAGAGUGGUUAGUUCUCGUUUGUCUGUGUCUCAUUAUUGUAUGUGCCGUGUGUCUGCGACGGUCGGUAUUAACUUCAAAAUUUCAAUUUAUAUUUUAAGAGCUGUACGACAUGUUAAGUAUGAAUCAUUGAAAUAAUAAAAUGUGUAAAAUUAUUCACUAUAAAUUAGAUUGUUAGUGCCAAAAAUAGGUUUUAUAAAUUUAAAUUAAGUUUGAUUUAGGAUUAUAAAUGAAGAUUGAAGUUGAGAUUUUAUUGUAAAAUAAAAACGAACUAGGACGUUUGUUAACGAGUAACGAUAGUGUGGCGCGCGCGGCGGCGGCGGCGGAUCAGCCAAUUUUCAAAACUUAUUUUAUUAAAACUGUGAGGUUGUGAAUCGAUUAUAGAGCCGGCGGCCGCGGCGCGCGCCCGGUUAAUAUAAUCUAAUAAACGCGAGUGUAGAGACAAUCUACCGAAUAAAUAAAAUAACUAAAAGCCUGCCUGGGACCGGGACUCACUAAUGUACAACUGACGCACCUCCUGCCUCCACCUGCACCUCAUCUCUCGCCUCUCUUUUAAACACAUCACACUCACGGGAAAUUUUUGAACAAUUUUACUCAUGUCUUACGAAUUUCAAUGGUCUUCGCACGAACAGUCACCAACAGGCUCGCGGGGCCCAACAAAUAUACGUACUAAUUGUCGGAGUUUAUGUAACAUACGUCAAUUCAGACUCAUAUUUUCUACGACUUUACGAUGAACUUAUACCUACCUAUUAAUGUCUAACUUUUUAAUUUUACACAUAGCACUAGUUAUUUUUCGAAUAAAAAUGUUUAAAUCUUAACUUAUGCAGUAAGGCUAAACAUGCUACCUACAAAAUUGAACGAGCUCCACAUAACCUUGUGUGAGGCAAAGACGAAUUUCCAUGUAAAGAGGGUAUGUUAUAUAAACUCAUAAGCCAGCACACUGCACAACAAGAAACAAAAUGCUUUAAUCUUAAAACAGGUAUUUUGGACUUUCAUAAUAUACUUACUAAAAUCUUAACAGUUUUUCUGAGCGCUAGUGUAAGUCUCCCUCUACUUGUGACACAGUUAAUAAUCUUCAUCAUUUUACUACUUGCAAUAAAUAUAAUAGUUCGUCGGUCAAAAAAUUUACUUUAAUAAUAUAUGAGAACCAACAAUUACAAUGAUAAUUUAAAUCAUUAUUCUUUUCGGGUACUCAAUAGCCAGAAGGAAUAUGGGCAAAAAACAUUCAGGCAAAAUUUUACAUAUAUUUAUCUUAUCGACAGUCCAUCAAAGCUUUUAUCUGACUACUGAAACAAAUUAAUUUAAUAUUUGAACUGCAGUGAAUUAAAUGCACAUAUUCUGGAAUUAACUAUAACCUAAAUUAACGUCUUUAAUGUUCAGUCUGUUAUAUUUAUUACAAGAAGUACACGAUUAAGACAACUUUAACUGUACUUUGUACACCCAGCACUAGAUUCAACUUGCUAACACUAAUCUUACCUAUGCGUUAUAUGUGCUACUUCACCUAACAUUACGAAUUUAAAUUUACCAACGGUUUACAUUUCAUUAAUGUGUAAAGUAAAUGGGACCUUAGACCUGAUUGCCGUUAUGAAAGGAAGAGUAGUAAAAUAAUUUUGUUGAUUUAAGCCCCUGUUUCACAAUGUCUGGUUAAUCGCUACCUGCCGGAUAAAAUACAUGCUGUCACUGUCUAAAAAAUAAUAACAGAGAGUGACAGCAUGUAUUUUAUCCGUCAGGUAGCCACUAACCAGACAUUGUGAAACAGACCCUUAGUCUCAAAUAAAAGUAGCUUGAGAGCUAGUUUUACUCAAUAGUGGACUUGCUACAAAUACACUCGUGAGACACCCACGUUGUUCGACGCUCGCGAGCAAUGAAAAAGUUCCAGCUGCCAUUGACAUGUGCUAUGUCACUGUAACUUUUUCAUUGCUCGCGAGUAAUACACCAAUAAUGGGUUAAUUUCUUCCCAGUAUGAGCGCGUAACUUGUUUAUUUAUUUACAUACAAUACAUAUGUACAACUUCCUGAAGAAGCACAUACAUCGCUCCGGUAGAUCACACGCACUCUGUCUAUCUCUUAAACUUAACUUUUACUCUUCGAUGUGACGAUGCCAUCAAUUUGCUGCCACCACACUGUCUACAACAUAGUUUUACCUAAACAUAAUUUAGUUAGUAUUCCAUGUUUCUCUGAAAUGUCUCUUUAGAUAGUUCAAUUAUAUAAAUGUGUUUUAAACUUAGAGUCUGAUUCUCAUGUCUGAAUAAAAGUUAUGUAAGUGUGAAAAGAGAUGCUGUCACUGUGUAAACAUAAUUUCGGAGUGCCAGCAUGAUUUUGUUCCUCAGAUAAUUUGUAUUCAGACAUUGUGAAACGGAGGGUUAGAGUAUUGCGGUCUACUUUGCGGCGUGCUGCUU